GUAAAAACAGGAACUGUACUGUGAUAUGUUCAACAGCAGAGAUAUCACUUCAGCUCAGUUUCGAGUGAAAGCUGGAGGGGAAGAAGCAAGUUUGUUGUUCUGGUGGGAAAAGUAUCUGCAUUUGCUUUGUGCGAGCAGCACUUGAAAGGAAAAAUGACCUCUAUGUAUAGAAGCCUUCAUGACAGUUAUGUUUCAAACAAAGGGAAGUCAACCAGCUGUGUUACAUUAGCCAUUGUUUUGGGCUGUCUGACGGUCCUGGGGAUCCUGCUUGCCAUCGCUGUGCUGGAAAGACCACCGGCCCCCAUAAAUCAUGAGACACUUCCUAAAGAGGCUGGUGGGAGCAAUUUCUCUACGGACCAGUGCGGUAUGGCCCUGGUGGAGAGCAUCCCUCAACAUGUGAAAUAUAAAGCCAAUGUAACGCUUGGGAUCCCUCUGGAAAAAGUCUGGAAAGAGCUUAUCUUCAUGGCAACGGACCAAGUGGAUGUGGCCUCUUUUUACUGGACUUUAACUGGGGAAGACAUCAACGUUAACUCUUCCUCUGACAUACCUGGAAGGGACAUCCUGAACGAGCUUGGAGAGUUGCCCUCCAGGAAUGUAUCUGUCCGAGUGGUGACCAGUGUUCCCACCGUUAGAACAAACUCCACAGAUUUAAAAGUCUUAAGACAGAAAGGAGUUCAGGUAAGGAAGGUGAACUUUGGCCGCUUGGCAAGGGGCGUCCUCCACAGCAAGUUCUGGAUUGUUGAUAGAAAACAUGUGUUUAUUGGAAGCGCCAACAUGGACUGGAGGGCACUCACACAGGUUAAGGAACUGGGAGUAGUUGUCUACAACUGCUCCAGUCUAGCAAAGGACCUCCAUAAGAUUUUCCAGUCCUACUGGGUGAUGGGACAAUCCAACAGCUCCCUGCCGCAGCCCUGGCCUGCAAAGUAUGACACUGCCAUCAACAAACAUCACCCCCUGCUGGUGAAAACUGAUAAUGUCUCCAGCAGGCUUUACCUCGCAGGUUCUCCACCAUCAUUCUGUCCUCCAUCAAGGACUCAGGACCUGGAGGCUAUUCUCUCCAUCAUCUCAGAGGCCCAACACUUUGUUGAUGUAGCCGUCAUGGAGUACUUCCCCACCACGCGCUUUGAAAAGCCUCGGAGAUACUGGCCAUUCAUAGAUGAUGCCAUCAGGAUGGCUGCAUUCGAGAGGAAGGUUAAGAUCCGGAUGCUGAUCAGCUGUGGGCAGGACUCUGAUCCAGCCAUGCUGCCCUUCCUUCAGUCUCUAGCCGCAAUGGACAGCCCUCCCCAGGAUAUCAGCAUCCAAAUAAAAGUGUUCAUUGUGCCUGUGGGAAACCAGUCUGAUAUUCCAUAUUCCAGAGUCAACCACAAUAAAUACAUGGUGACUGAUAAAGUAGCCUACAUUGGUACCUCCAAUUGGUCAGGGGACUACUUUCUGACCACAGCUGGAGUGGGUCUGGUGAUUUCCCAGCAUGCUCCUCACCCUGUAUGGGAGACCAAGGCCCUGCAGAGCCAGCUCAGGGCAGUCUUUGACAGAGACUGGCACUCUGAGUUUGCUGUGAACCUCGCUGACCUGGGGCACAACCCAGACUGUGCACUAUCAAGAUGACAGGAACUCCUCUAUCAAAGUUACACAUAAAUAUAUUUUAUUAUCAAGGCCAUAUUCACACCAUAGUUGUGAUUUAUGUUGCUGUUUUUAUGUUAUCUUUUUUCCCCGUGCUAUGAAUGCUAAAAACAAUAUAAAUGAUAUUCUUUGUGACUGAGUGCACUGAAAGUGAGGAUAAAGUGGACAUUUUUAUAAAUAAAACCCUGACAUUGACUUUAUAAUGUAAAACACCUACAAAUAAGGUUUAUUGAGUUGUCACUGAUGUUUUUAUAAGAUGUAGUGUUUAGUUCUGAGCUGAUUGUUGAAUGUAUGAUUACUGAAUAUACUGUAUAAUUAUUAAAUAAAUGUCAACAUCCAUGAGAAUUUGGAAACAAAUAAAAUAACAUUUCAGUCCAGAGUCAGUCACUUGCUGUGGCUGGCUAUGUGUUGGAUUGUGAAAUACUA